AUGGCAUACCUCUACCCGGACACUCCACGCACCGCGUACGGCGAAGGCGACCAGACACGCCUGUCGGCCGACGACCUCGACAUGUCCAUCGAGCCGUCCUUCCACUCGCCCUCCAAGCACGGCGACGACCUCGUACGCCAGAUGCGCGGCCAACGAACCCCGCGCGGCCUGAAGACGCCCUCGGCCGGGGCCCGCAACCCGCUCGUCGCCUCCCACAGUCGCCGGCAGCAGCCGCAGCCAGGCAAACAGGAGUUCACACCUCUGCUCAAGAGCGCGAUGAAGAACAGGAUAUCGAAUGCGUACGACAGGGAGCUUGGUGGCGGCAAUGGUGGUCCGGUCUUCAAGGGCCCCAUUCAGACUCCUGCUGCGCUGAAGCCUGGGUACAAAUUCGAUAACAGCCCACUGCCAGAGGGGAGCUCGAUGUACGAUGGCUCGUCAGUGACUGAAACCACCGAAUUGGCGGACCCAGCGCCACCGCUUGCGAGCAGCAGUAUAAUGUCUACGCCGAUGGCGUUGCCUCGGUCGGGCGAGAUGGACAGAGGGAAUAUGCUCACGCUGCGUGAGCAGGAAGCAAAACUCGCGCAAAUCGACAAGGAGAAUUUCGGCCUAAAGCUCAAGAUCCACUACCUCGAGGAGAACCUGAAACGGACUGGCAACGAUUACGAACAGGAUGCUCUAAGAGAAAAUACCGAACUCAAAGUCGACCGCGCACAGAUGCAGCUCGAGCUAAAGAAAAUGAAGCAAUCGCUGCGCAAGGCUGAAAAGGAGCUCGAGGAAUACCGCCAGCAACUAGAGGACUACGCUGAGAAGGUCAAGAAGAGGCAUCUUGACGCAAGCGCACGAGAGGAAAUCGAGGAGCUGAAGAAGCUUGCGGAAUCGAGAGCCGCCGAGCUUGAGAAACUACAGAAAAAUGUGGAUUCGGCUAGCAAGGACAACGCAGAGGUGGAAAAGCUACAGGGCGAGAUUGAGGACCUGGAACAUGAGCUCAGGCAAAAGGAUCAGGAGCUGGACGAAAAGGAUGAGCAGCUCGAGGAUCUGCGUGCGAAGCUUGAGGCGGCGGAGGGUGGUGAUGGUGAUUCCGAGGAGAAACAACGAGUCAUUGAUGAACAAUCCGACAAGAUUGACGAACUCGAGGAUCAGCUGCGGCAAACAGCCAAGGAGAGAGACGAGAAGGAAGAUGAACUCGAAGAACUCCACGAAAGGCUGGAAACCAUCGAAGGCGAGAAGGACAACCAGCUCAAGGCAUUGCAACGGCAACUGGAGUCGUUUGAGCGGGCAAAGAAGGAUGAUUUCUCAGCAUUGGAGGAGAAGGUUCGGCUGAAGGAUUUGGACAUCAAGUCCCUGGAGCGUCAAGUCGAGUCUGCCGAGCGCGAGAAGCAAAACGAAAUCGACGCGCUUCUGGACCGCGUGAGGAUCGCCGAAGCUUCUGGCGGAAAUCAGGCUCAACUCGCUCAACAAGCUGCCAACGAGGCUCGCGAGAAACUGCAACAGAUGAGCCGCCAGAAGGAUGACGAGAUUUCCGCUCUGAAGGCCCGUUUGGAUGCAGCCGAAGUCCUGGGGGACAAACUCGAGGAAUGCCAGUACCAAUUGCGCCAAUAUGCCGACGACGCGAGGCGCCGGGACGCUGUUGAAGACAGAAGAGAGCAGGAAAUCCAAAACCUACGGGAGCAGCUUCGGGUCUCGGAGCGGAACAUGAGCCCACUGAAGAAACGGAUAGGAGAACGUGAGGACGCUGACCGAGACUUGGAGAAGCUCCGGACUACUCUGGCUGAGCGUGAUUGGGAGGUUUCUAAUUUGAAGCGCACCAUUGAGUCGCAGUCCUCAUCCCUGGAAGAGCUUAAGCGUUCCCAACUCGAUGCCGCAAGCCGGUCCUCAGAUGCGGAAGGUAUCAAGAGGGCUUUGGAGUUCACUAGGAAGGACCUUGAACAAAGCCGUAGGACCCAGGAGCAAGCCGAAUUUACUCUCGCUCAGCGCACACGCGAAUUGGAAUCAGCUCGUCAGUCUUUGGAGGAACUGAGGCGAUCUCAGCUGGAGGCCGCAAGCCGCUCUUCGGACGUCGAGGGUCUUAACAGGGCUCUAGAAUUCACACGGAAAGAUCUUGAGCACAACCGCAGAACCCAGGAGCAACUCGACGCUACCCUCUCUCAACGCACUCGGGACCUGGAGUCAGUUCGCAAGUCUCUGGAUGACCGUACAAAUGAACUUGAAACCGUCCGUAGGACUCUUGACCAGCGGACCGUGGAGCUCAAUGACAAGAGCAGGGAGUUGGAGACUGCUAAACGGACCUUGGCUCAGCGGUCUGAGGAGAUUGAGCUGCUCCGCAAUAGCAUGGAGGAGCCCGACACCCAGUUCGAGAUUGUGAACAACCUUGCCCGGGAGCGUGAGCAGGAUCUCGACCGCCUUCGUUCAACUGUAAACGCUCGCGAGAAGGACCUUGAGGCUGUCCAGAAGCUGGCCAACGAGAGACUUGAAGCCAUCAACGCUCUGCGAGAAGAGCUUACUAAAUCGAAGCAGGAGCUCGAGGACGAGAUCGAAGUCUUGAUUGCUGCUGCCGACGAAGCCGACGUGGAGAAAGAGGCUAUGGAGUUCAGGCUUGCGCAGCUGGAGGAAGAAGCCAAGGGCUCUGACGAUGUCCGAAGCAAGCUCGAGCCACUUGAGCAGCGCCUCCGCACCGCUGACCGGGAGAAGGCCAGCCUGCAGUCUGAAAUUGAGUCACUUAAGCAGGAUCUUGGUAUCGCAGACAAGGAUCGAGAGUCUCUCCAGGCACGCGUGCGCAAGCUCGCUCAAGAGCUUGAGCAGUUGCGUGCCUCCGCCAACAAGGGCCCCGAUGUCACGUCCACCGGUGAGCGCCGUGACUUGCACGAAGCCGUCAAGUCUGCACAGCUUGAGGCCGAAGAGCUCCGCCUCGAGCUCACGAACCGCGAGAAGCAGCUGUCCGACCUCCAGUCCAAGGUCCGUGAGGACAAGAAGAAGCUCCGGACGGCAGAGCUGGAGAAUGAAGAGCUCAAGCUUCAGAUUUCCGAGAAGGAUGGCGAAUUGGAGGCUUAUGCCGCCCGCUUCAAGCGUGAGGGCACCAACCGUGACGCCACUAAGAAGCACACUGCCGACCUGAAGGAGCUGCACGAGAUGCUCCGCAACGCGACGCUCGAGGUGGAAGAGCUGCAACUCGCGCUUUCCGAGCGCGAUGCGCAGAUGGACGCACUAGCGAAGGAGUCGCGCCAGCUCAUCCGCGAGAAGGAGCGGAAGCUCAAGGCGCUACAGCUGCAGGCUGACGCCAGCGGCGACGCGGUCGAGCUCAAGGCCCAGCUGUCGGAGAAGGAUAAGAGGCACUCGAGCGAGCUUAAGGGCCUCGCCAAGCAGAUCCAGUACCUCCGUGCCAGGUGCGCGCGCGAGGAGAACUUCCGCGAGGGCUUGGCGUACGAGAAGAGGUUCUUCAUGAUGCAGAUCGAGACGUAUAACCAAUGCACUCAAGCGGAUCUCCGUCUCGUCGAGGAAAUGGGCAUCACGCCCGACGUAUCUUUCCGUCAGCGCAAGCCUUCCCUCCGUACCGCCGGUCUGGCCGUCAUCGCCGGCAUUCGCAUGCGCAAGAUGCGCGAGGAGUGGGCCAACAGCAAGAAACUGCACGAUGCCCUCGUGAAGAAGUUGGAAAGCAUGAGGAGGGCCGGGAGAGCGAGUGGAAGGGGGUUGAGGGCCUGA